UGCCCUCCUGUUCCAGGGCUUUCCGCAGUGUUCGUCUAAGCAGCGGCCCUAACUGGGAACAGCUAUUCCUCUGCCUCUCUUCCCCCCUGCAGGUGAAGGCGGUCAGUGUCAGGAUGUUGCAGACAAUCAGCGAGUGGUUUUGGUGGGAUCGUAUAUGGCUGCCUGUGAAUCUGACAUGGUCAGACCUUGAGGACAAGGAGGGACGAGUCUAUGCCAAAGUGUCAGAUCUAUAUGUAACAGUUCCUCUCUCCAUGGCAUUUCUUAUAAUGAGAUACUUGUUUGAAAGAUUGAUCGCCACACCUGUGGCAGCCUCCUUCGGAAUUCGAGAGAAGGUGCAGCAGAGAGCCGCUCACAACCCCGUGCUGGAGGAAUAUUUCUGCUCCCGGUCCAGAAACCCAGCACAGUCAGAGAUAGAUGGCCUGUCAAAGAAAUGCAGCUGGACCCGGAGGCAGGUGGAGCGGUGGUUUCGGAGGAGACGCAACCAGGAACGGCCCGGAGUUCUAAGGAAAUUCAGAGAGGCGUGCUGGAGGUUUGUCUUCUAUAUCUCUGCAUUCAUUGGAGGACUCAUUGCUCUUUAUGACAAACCAUGGUUUUAUGACACUCGAGAAGUAUGGUCUGGUUUUCCAAAACAGUCAAUGCUUGAAUCCCAGUAUUGGUAUUACGUCAUAGAGAUGAGCUUUUAUGGUUCACUGCUGCUGAGUGUUGCUUUUGACAUCAAAAGAAAGGACUUUAAAGAGCAAAUUAUCCACCAUUUUGCAACCUUGACUCUUUUGUCCUUCUCAUGGUGUGCCAAUUAUAUUCGUGUUGGAACUUUGGUGAUGAUAGUUCACGAUGCCUCGGAUGUUUUGCUUGAGUCUGCAAAGGUAUUCAACUAUGCCAAGUGGGAGAAAACCUGCAAUAUACUCUUCAUCGCAUUUGCUGUUGUGUUUAUGAUUACUAGAUUAAUCAUCUUCCCUUUUUGGAUCAUCCACUGCACGUGGGUCUACCCAGUACUGAGCUACCCCCCUUUCUUCGGGUAUUACUUCUUCAAUGUAAUGCUGGUGGUCCUUCUUCUUCUGCACACAUUCUGGGCAUACCUCAUACUGCGCAUGUUGAAGAAGUUCCUCUUUGGGAAUCUGACCGGUGAUGAGAGGAGUGACAACGAAGAAGAGGAGGAGGACAGCUACACCACAGAGGAGGACAGAGGACAUGAGAAAGUGAGCAACGGCUCGGGAUUGGGAGGUGCAGGGCGAGAUCACUGACACCUGGCGGAGCGAGCCUCCCCGAGGCCCCCCGGGGGGCCGCCUCCGCCGGUGGGAUCCAGCGCGGCUCACCAGGCAACGUGGGCCGCCCUGACCCGUUUAUAACGGGACUAUCAACGAUGGUAAAAAACAAUAAAAUGAAACCAGCGCACGCACAAAGAAACAUUUGAUUUAUUGCCGUUGGAGCUGGAACAGAGCCUAGUCAAAAAUUGCUUCCCUCAUCAGAACAUCAGCGCUCCGAACAAUGCUCACACACACAUACACGCAAACGAUGCCGCAUCCCACGAUGUUGGGGGAGAGUUUUUUGGGACGGCGCCCCAACUUCCAACUCCCAUCACUUUAGAGCAGCAGCGCCAGAGAUGGCGCGGCUUCACACGAGGGCGUCUUCCACAGAGCGGCAGCGGAGAACAAAAGCGCGGGCUGCUGCGUUUCUUCAUCAUCACAUCUUAUUCAUCCCUCCGUCUGAAGGGGGGGGCAGACGCCACGUCCCGCGUAUCGUUAUCGCUGCUUUGCUUCAUCCAUCACGUCCUGCUGCACGACGCUGCCGCCAUGUUUUAUAUCAACCUCCGCUGGCCGCUACCCAGCGUUUAUGGACCGACUCUGAUGACAUCUCAGAAUGGUUUACUCCAGCUGGACCCCCAAAAAAAAAAAAAACCUGAACUCCUUCAAAGAGUAGGCAUGGCAGCUCCCCCGAGAGCGGGGCCUUUAAACACGCGAGACCUCAGGCCCUGUUCCCCCCGGCCCGCUGAGGAACACGGCGAGCCUGCGCUCUGUUAAACACAUUGCGCUGUCACGGAACGCAGCCCUCCACGGCCCGGCCCUUACAGCGUGAU